GAAUGAAGGCAGCGUAUGAGCUUGCUGCUUGUAUAGGAGACCCUUUGUUCUUAGAGCCAUUCUGGAUGCAAAACGCUGAGGGAAGUGCGGUUCUUGAGUCAGGAUGGCACAGGAUGAGUUGUCUUUUUCACAAAGAUGGCUCAUAUGUGUCUGCAGAGCUAGAAAAGAUCAUCAGGAAGCUACAUAAUGUAGUUGGAAACGCAGUAACGGAUAAAAGAUUCAUAAUCUUCGGAACGGGAGCUACGCAAUUGAUUGCAGCCUCUGUUCACGCCUUGUCUUUGACAAACUCAUCAUCAUCACCUGCAAGACUCUUGGCUUCUGUUCCAUAUUACGCUACAUACAAGGAGCAUGCAGAGUUCUUUAAUUCUUCAAAUGUUAAGUUUGAAGGAGAUGCGUCUGCAUGGAAGAAGAGCAAGGGGAAUGAUAAUAUCACACAAGUUAUAGAAGUAGUGACAUCUCCGAGUAAUCCAGAUGGGAAGUUGAAAAGAGCGGUUCUUGAUGGACCUAACGUGAAAACAAUUCAUGAUUGUGCGUAUUAUUGGCCUCAUUUUUUACCUACUACACAUCAAGUUGAUGAAGACUUGAGCUUGUUUAGUCUUUCCAAGGCUACAGGUCAUGCUGGCUCAAGAUUCGGAUGGGCAUUAGUAAAGGACAAAUAUAUUUAUGAAAACAUGAAAAGAUACAUAUAUCUAAGUAGUAUGGGAGUUUCAAGAGACACACAGCUUCAUGUUCUUCAGUUGCUUAAAGUAGUAGUUGGUGAUGGAGGCGAGGAA